UCUCGUUCAGGCGUCAAGUAGCCUUGGGCCUGAGACUGCCUUGGGGAGCUUAAUGGACUAUUUUAUUUUGGUCCCAGCUGCAGUCGAAUCGAGAUGCCGUCAACGACUCAAUCUCGUCCUCGCUCAAAAAUGAACAAAAAAAAAUCUGCUAUCUCCUUCCCAUCCGGUGGGCGGUACGGCUGCAUCGAUCGCCGGAAUCCUUCAGCCACUAAGCGGCGCGCCCAUACGCAGCAGCGAAACGGACAGCAGGUAGAGAUUGAUGGCAAAGAGACAGAUGGGUUCAGAAAACACCUGCACGCAUAGAACAAUGGUGAAAAGAAAGGGAUCAGGACUUCAACUGGCCAGCCUGCCAACGGAUAUUCUCUGCAAGAUACUGUCACAGUUGCCGAUCAAAGAAGCCGUCCGCACGAGCAUACUAUCGGCACAAUGGAGAUAUGCCUGGUGUUGCCACUCAAAUCUAGAUUUCAGUUUUCGAUUUGAGCAAGAGUCUACUGAGGGAGUUGAGUCAGUCCUACAGCAACACAGUGGUCUGGUUGACAACAUCCAGUUUGUAGGUCCAUUUGGAGAUGAACAAAGGGAACAGAUAGAAAGAUGGGUGAACUUUGCUACCGCAUCGAAGGCGAAGCAGCUCAUUCUCGAUUUCUCGCCUGCCCGCCCGAAAAAACUAGAACCAUGUGGCUUGGAUUUGCAGCUUCUCGAUGAGAGCAACAGUUUACACUUGCGAGCUAUAAAACUCUGUCGUGUUUCUCUGAAGAUGCCCCUGGUUUUCAAAGGUUUUCAGAAACUUAGAUGGAUUUACUUAGCAGACAUGGACAUCACCGAUGAGGGCCUCAAGUCUUUGAUUUCCAACAGCACUGUCUUGGAGUUCCUUGGUAUUGCUGGUAUUACAGGGCUUCGGACAUUACAGAUAUCUUCAGACACACUUCAGCAUUUGCAAGUAUAUGACUGCCACCGGCUUGGAGAAAUGGAGCUGAACAUUCUUGGUCUGGUAAAACUUGAGUACAGAGGUCCACGGGUUCUGUUAUCACCUCCUGGAACUUUGCUUACGACGAAUAUACGCAUGGAGCUGGUCGACGCCUGCUCUCUAGAAUGCAUCUUCAUCGACCUUGGUAAUAAUGUGCCUGAUCUCGAGACGCUGACUGUAAAAUGCACCGAAUGGAAGAGGCCUGAAUUGCCAAGAAACCUGCACAGCUUUGUUCAUCUGAAGCACCUGAGCAUGGAGUUGAAUAUCGCGGGUAAUAUUUGGAACAGGAAGACUGACAUCCUCGAUUUUGCCGUCCUUCUGGUUGCUGCCCCUUUCCUGGAAAAGCUUGGAUUCCAUAUGUUUGUGGGAUGCGAGCAUCAACGGUACAGCACCGAGGAAGGGAAUGUACGGAGCCCUCCUUAUUCGGAGCCCCACAUCCAUCUCAGGACGGUCGAGAUCACGGGGUUCUACGGCCAGAAAGACCAGCUGGGGCUGGCGCUUCAUAUCCUGGAAAACUCUGUCGUGCUCGAGGAGAUGGAGAUAAACCCAAGCCCUGCAGUGCUAGCUGCUGACCGUCCCUGGCUUAUGGGGGUUCCUGCUUAUGUCAUGGACGGCUGCCAAGUCGCCCUCCAGUUCCUCCGCGGCAGAGACCACCGGAAUGUUGUUCGUGUCGUCACAAGCUCCGACUAAAAAAGAAGGGCCGGUUGUUGUAGAAAAACAUAGUGUAGCAAAAUCGCGCACAUUGUCGACAUCGAAGCAUUUCAAGUGCACCUUGUACAGGUCCUGCUUACGGUAAUGGAGUGUGCAUGCAUUACGUACGUUUGAAACAAGACUUAUUAGCUAGUUAAUGGUCUCCUGUCGGGCCAUGAUCGGGAGCACUGCACUUUGAGAUCUCUCCCACUCUUAUGUGCAAUUAUUUGCACUGGAGAUUGGUUUGGCUUUAGGUGCUUUUGUCUACAAGAUGGUUCCAUUGCUUUAGUUAGUGCAGUCGGUUGUUGCCUUACUGAACAGUGCCAGUUUGAUUCCUUUCCUGUUUAAGACAAAUGACAUUUCUGCUAUAAUUAAUUCAUA